AUGAAAUUUUUUGAGCAAGAACACAUGUAUCAGUACGACUGGGGAACAGUAACUACAGCUUUUCUACAGAAGUAUCCAAAUAACGUACAGAACCAUAUAAAGAACAUUGAUGUUAUUGAUAGAUGCAUUAAUGCAAAAGAGAAGACUGUGAAACUGAAGAGAAUCAUUCACCUUCAAUAUUUCAUACCUAAGUUAUUUCGAAACAUCUUUAACAUAGAUGGGUGUGGCGUGGGAAUUGAAGAAAUCGACAUUAACUUGAUGCAGAAAAAAUUAACUGUCAGUACGGCCAACUAUACAUUAUCACCUUUUGUGAAUUUAACAGAAAAGUGUGUCUAUUUUCAGAAAGAGGACGAUGAUAAGCAUACACAUUACAAGCAGACAACAACCUUGGAUAUCAAUGGAUUCGGUUAUAUGAAGAAUUUCAUAGAACGGGCCAUAAUAAACACAGUACGAGAAAAAAGCAAACAAGGGAUAUGCAUCAUGAAUGACACAAUAAAAAGAAUUAUAAAUGAUAACAUACACAUAAAUAAUCAUAAAGUGUAUAUAGAUUCUAUCGAAAAGGAAAAAAAGUAA